CUCUAUUAUUGUACAUUCUUCCGCUGAUGACGGGGCUCCACACCGCAAGCUAAUGCCAUCUCACCCCACCAAACGCACCGCCUCGCCAUCGCCCGCGCCACCGCCCGCUGGUGGAUAAUGGGCAGCCGCCUCCGCCGCCAAUCAACUAUCUCCGGUGGCUUCUCCCCCCCUUCCGGCGAGGCGGAAGAGGAGGACGGCGGCGUGAUCCAAUGGCCCUUCGGCCGGCUCGACACCCUCGGCCAGGACGAGAUCAAGGAGACCGCCUACGAGCUUUUCUUCGCCUGCAGCCGCUCCUCCUCCGUGGCCUCCGGAUUGCGCGGAGCGGCUGCUCGUCAUUCCAUCGACGGGGCAGAAGCGGCGGCGAAGGCGGGUUGCUCGGCCUCGACAUCAUCGGCAAUGAGUCGGGUGAAGGAAGUGCUGGGCCUGAAGGCUAGGCCGGCGGCAUCGAUUAGGACUACCCUUGCCGCAUCAGCAGCGACGUUGCCUCUGCCGGGGAAGGCGAAGCAGAGGUCGAUGACGUCGGCGGAGAUAAUGCGGAUGCAGAUGGGGUUCGAGGAGCAAACCGAUUUCCGCCUCAGGAAGAUCCUCAUGCGCUUUCUCGUUGGCCAGGUAUCCAAGCAAGUGGAGAGCAUCAUCCUCCCUCUAGAGUUCCUUCGUCAUCUGAAGCCAACUGAAUUUAGUGAUAUUCAUGAAUACCAUCGGUGGCAACGUCGUCAGCUUAAAGUAUUGGAAGCAGGACUGCUCUUACACCCGUCGCUCCCUUCUGACCGUCUAUACUCUGCAGGGCUUCGUUUCAGAGAGAUCCUUGCUACAAGUGAGUUUAGACCUAUUGACACUAGCAAGCAUUCAGAGGUUAUGCGCUCCUUGUGCAAUUGUGUCAUGGCCUUAGCAUGGUGCCAUCAGAGUGUUGCCGCAGUGGAAGAGUGCCAUUGGGCUGAUGGGUUCCCCCUCAAUGUACAUCUCUACUUGUGUUUGCUUCGGUCCAUAUUUGAUAUCAAGGAAGAGACUGUCAUACUAGAAGAGGUUGAUGAGCUGCUCGAACUGAUCAAGAGGACAUGGACCACCUUGGGAAUCAAUAAGAUGAUCCAUGAGGUGUGCUUCACUUGGAUUUUCUUUGAGCAAUACAUAAUGACUGGGUUAGUGGAACCUGACUUGAUGCAUGCAACAUUGGCAAUGUUGGAUGAGGUGGCCAUCGAUGCCAUGAAACCUGACAAGGAACCUAGCUACACCAGGGUCUUGAUCCCAACCAUGACCUCUCUGAAGGUGUGGGCGGAAAAGCAGCUCUUGGACUACCAUGAGUGCUUUGAGAAAGAUUCAGUUACAACAAUGGAGAGUGUGCUCUGUUUAGCACUCUCAACUGCAAAGAUAAUGAUUGAGAUAUCAAGCUAUGGAAGUCCAGGAAUGAUAUUUAAGGAUUUUAGGAAUUUUUCAACCAAAAUCCAUGUUGAUCAAUACAUAAGAAGUUCAUUGAAGAGUGCUUUUACCAAGUUACAUGAAAAUGGUAAUGGAAAGAUUGACAGCAUGGUGGUAGAAGUAGAUGAGGAUCCCAAUGAUACCCUGAUAAAUCUGAUGGAAGAAAUCGAGAAAUUAGCCUCGGUGGAGAAGGAGAACUACAGUCCAUUGCUAAAGAGGUGGCAUCCUGUUCCAGCAGCAGUUGCUGCAGUGACCCUCCACAGAUGUUUUGGUGCUGUUCUGAACCAGCACAUGUACAAAUUCUCAUGCCUAAGCAAUGAAUCAGUGAAAGUUCUACAGACUGCAGCAAAUCUGGAGAGACUGUUGAUUCAAAUGGCAAUGGAGGAUUCAGCCGGAUCCGAAGAUGGUGGGAAGGAAAUCUUAAGUGAAAUCGCCUCAUAUGGAGUGGAUACCAUCCUUUUCAACCUUCUAAAGCAUUGGGUGGAUGAUAGACUCAGGAUAGGAAGAGAAUGUGUCAACAGAGCAAGGGAUAGUGAGAGUUGGAAUCCUAUGUCCAAAUCGGAGCCUUAUGCAGAGUCUGGGAUAGAUCUACUGAAGCUAGCCAAAGUGACAGUGGAUGAGUUUUUUGAGAUCGAAGGAGCGGCAAAAACCGAAUUAGCACAGGACCUUGCAGUUGGAUUAGAUACUCUCUUCAAGGACUACAGUAUGUUUGCUGCAUCAUGCGGUUCGAAGGAGAGCUACGUACUUGCGCAUCCUCCAUUGACAAGGUGCAACCAAGAUUCGAGAGUUGCUCAGUUCUGGAAGAAGGCGGCAGCUCCUUGCAACGCCGGCGUCGUUGCCAUCGACCCCAGCAGCUUCCCCAUCCCCCGCGCGGCGCACACCUCUGGCGACGCCCACCGCCACACGGCCAGCCGCACCACCCAGCGCCUCUACGUCCGCCUCAAUACCCUCCACCACAUCCUCGCCCUCCUCCAAUCCUUCGAGAAGUCUUUCGCCGCCACCUCCUACUCUCCCCCCUUCAGCCACUUCGAUGGCGCCCGCUCCUCCAUCAACACUGUCAUCCUCCACGUGGUCGAGGUCGCUGCCUACCGCCUUAUCUUCCUCGACUCCGCCCACUUCUUCUACGACUCUCUCUAUCUGGGGAGCGUGGUUGGCGCUCGGAUCGACGCGGCCCUGCGCGCGAUGACUCACAACAUGGCACAUCUCGCCACGGUGCUCUCCGAGAGGGCGCUGGCGACGAUCCAACCGGUGGUGAUGCGGGCGACGCUGGAGGCGUUCCUGAUGGUCCUGCUAGCGGGGGGCCCCGGGCGGGCCUUCGCGCGGGGGGACUACGACAUGGUGGCCAAGGACCUAGCGUGCCUGAAGCGGAUGUUUUCCCCAGCGUGCGGGGAGGAGGUUGUGUCUGAGGCAGCGGCGAUGGCCGACGGGGUGGUGGCGCUGAUGGCGAUGCCGACGGAGAAGCUAGUGGAGGAGUUCAGCAUCGCGGCCUGCGAGGCCAGAGGGCUGGGGCGCUCGCUGGAGAGAGUGCCGAUGCCGGCGGCGACCGGCAAGUGGCACCGUUCCGACCCCUACACCAUGCUUCGCGUGCUCUGUCACAGGAACGACGACGUAGCCAACCGGUUCUUGAAGCGCACCUUCCAGCUGCCCAAGCGGAGGUGAGAUGCCGCCUUCGCCAUCUGUUAAUCUCACAUUCGUUGGUUUGCAUGCAAGCAGGCAUCAUUAGGAAAUGCUUUUUAUUCCACUGUUGUUAAAAUUGAUGCAAAAACGGAGAUAGGUGGAGCAGAGUAAUCCAACGCUGUAUGUCAAUUUUAAUGAGAGAUCAUGUGAAUAUAACUACUCCUUAAUUUGAUGAGCAGAUGAAACGAGACUAAAUCUGGGAUACAA